AUGUCUUUUGAUCCUCUUCCCCGAUCCUCCCUCCCUUCGUCUACCAAGAGCCGAUCCAUAAUCUCCAAGUUUACAAACCGCCUGGGUAACCGAUCACGGAAUAUUGCGGAGUUUUAUAUUCAGCUAGAUGAACCGUACAGGACAUACUUUUCAGGUGAGGCAGUGAAGGGCUGCGUGAUUCUGAAGGUUGUGAAACCCAUCCGCAUAACUCAUUUGGUUCUCUGUCUGCAUGGCUAUGUGAAGGUUUUUAAGAAUACAGUUGCGCCAGGUGAAGGUUCCGAGGAAUCUGGGUUUCUUGGUCCGGGACGUGGCAGGAGGAAUAGUGAAUACUUGGGGAACGGGUUUGCCACUCUUUUCGAAGAUGAAAUUGUGCUUUGCGGAGAUGGCCGCCUGGUUGAAGGAAUAUACAAGUUCAAGUUUAAUCUGGAAUUUCCACCUUAUCGAUUACCCAGUAGUAUUACGUUUGAACGUGGAACCAUCUCUUAUAUGUUAACGUCUAACCUCACACGCCCCACAACCAUAUCUCCCACAUUAUCCUGUGAUAAAAGGGUCACUCUUCUUGAAACCAUCGAUAUUGCUCCGCUACCUCUUCCAAAACUACGCAUUAUCUCGCUUGAACCAGUAUUAAGAAGAUCCAAGGCGCGGUCAAAGACAAAAGGCACCUCUCGGGGACGGAUUACGCAAAACUCAGCAUCUGCUGACCCCAUUCCGAACGGUAUUGAACAUAGGCCACCGCUAAGUCCCGUCUCCAGCGAGCAAAGCAAUUCUAGCUGCAUGACCAACAGCACACAGAGCUUUCAGGUCAUCAGUGAACCAAACUCCACCAACAGUCAAAGCGUCGCAAAUGACGACUCUCAGAGCACGAAUACUUCGUCAUUAGACAAGACCAUCAAAGCUACAACAGAGCUUUUGCGACCUGGGGGAGUUCCUGGUGAUAUUCUACCCGUUAAGAUCACAAUACAGCACACGAAACCUAUACGGAGUCCAAAUGGGAUUAUCAUAACCCUGUAUCGACAGGGCAGGAUUGAUUACCACCCUUCCAUCCCUGUAGGGCCUGCUGAAAAGGGAAAGAAGCCAGUGUAUGAAGACUAUUACCCAAAAUCCCUCACUGGGUUAGGCGGGCUAUCAUUUGGCGCCACCAGAUCCUGCAGCGUCUUCCGGAAAGACCUGUCACAAAUAUUUGCCCCGUUGAUUGUGGACCCAGUUACCAUGAUGGCUUCUGUAAAGACGUCCAUUAGGAUUCCAGAAGACGUUUUUCCAACUAUAACGCACGUCCCUGGUGGUAUGAUUAGUUUCCGAUAUUACCUUGAAGUGGUGAUGGACUUGCGAGGGAAAUUAGCUGGUCAGGAUCGAUUCAUUCCCCGCUUAAACAUGAUGACGGGCUCUAGCAACUAUAGCUACAGUUCUAGUGGCCAAGUCCUUACUCUGUCAGAAAAGGGACGUAACCAAAUUACGUCUCCUUGGGCAGGCAAUAUACUUGACACUGACCAAGUACGACGAGAGAAGAGUGUGGUUGCUUGCGUUUUUGAAGUUGUGAUAGGGACCAAGGAUUCCGGAAAAAAUCAAAAUCAAACGACGGAAAUGAACCAAGCUGCUGACGACCAUUCCACGACGCCCCAAAUUGUCCAACAUAACAAUGUCUACAAGUGGGACCACCAGUACCAAUGCCCUUACACACACCGACACAACGACCACGAUUAUGCCAAUGAAAACGGUUAUGACAAUAAUGAAGUAAGCGGAUGGCAAGCACAUCCUCCGCGCGGGCAGUUUGCGUCAUAUCAUACUCCCCAAUUUAUUCCUCCAACUCUCCCAGAGGAGGAAAUUGACGAAAAGACCCGACUACGGAGAGCUGAGGAGGCACUUCUCCCCAGCAAGCCGUCACAACAAGAGGAUACAGCAGAAGUUGACUCUUCCACGACGGCCUCAGCACUCGCGCCCUCUGCCCCCAUUUUCUUCGAAGAGAGUCCUCAUGAGCACAUUUCGAACAACCAUUUUAAUUCGCAUUAUAUCCAUGGCAACUUCGUAGCCUCCGCUUCUUCAGUCGACUCCAUCACCCCAUUUUAUCAAACUAGCACCAAUAUUCCGCCUUUGCCACAAUCACUACUAGAAGGCAGCAACAGUACGAGGACACCCGUGACGGCGCAGGACGAUAAACAGGAGCUCGAGAGACAGCGGCUCCUUGCACAAGCAAGUUCGCCAGAUCCAACAGAUGAAACCAUCGUGACCUCCUCCCCAGGUGGUGAGGAAGUUGCUCGUCUCAUGCCGUCGGCGCCCAUGCUGACGGAGGAUGAUUUGACCCAACCGUUGGCAACUUCUGAGUCACUACCCAGGUAUCAACGAUAA